GUAAUUUUGGUUUUGAUAGUUGUAAUUUUGGUUUUGAUAGUUGUAAUUUUGGUUUUGAUAGUUGUAAUUCUGGGUUUAUUAAAGUAUAAUUACUUAAUUAGGGUGAUUAUGAUGUGAUUAGUCGACUAAUUGGGCGGAAAACGUAUUAAUUGACAACGAAUUAGUAAUUGACCUCCAUUGUUAGAAAAAUAGCUAAUAAUUGACAAUUUUUAACAAAACCUAUGUAGUAAUUAGUUAGUAAUUGACAACUUAUCAGUGAAGAGUACGGAGUAGUUAGUAGUAAUUGAUAAAGUUCUAAACAACCUAUGUCGUACUUGACAAAUUUUCCAAUACAUAGCAAUGGAAAUGAAUUGUACAUUUCUACUCUAUUGAUUUUGUGCGUUGGGUCCGAACAUAAGGUCAUGUCUUCUCUUUCAAAGACUUGGUUGUUUCGACUUGACUCCGGUGGGGCUGUGUUGAGUAUGGUUAUACAGUUGUUUUGCUUGACCUGAUCCUAAACUUGGACCUAACUCUGUAUUACUUGAAAGGUUGCGUACGCCCUCCGUCCCUUGCCUCGUGGCUCGUAGACAAUGUGUGCUUUAUUAAGGGUUGAACCGAAAAUUUACAAGGAAUUUGGGGGUAUCUAUGUCUUUUUGACUUUUUGAGUGUAUACAAGUGGGAUAAAUGGUGGGGACAUGUUACUAUAUAAGGAAAUUAGAAACCGGACAUUUUUUAAAGGAUGGACCAAAAUAAAAUAUGGGGAAAACAAAUAGGGACAGAGGGUAUCGAAUUAUCAAUUAUCCUCCACAAAAGUUGAGGAAAAUCAACGUUGCUGUCAAGUUGGGCCUGAGAUGAGAUGGGUGGAAGAAAAUGAGCCCUUGCAGAGAAGUUGAUGCAGCAAGUAGACAAGUUGCAAUAUGUCAAGUCAACUCAAGUAAACGAAGAAAAAUGUGGCUUAAGCAAGUUUGUCAUAUGUUAUUUACUUGUGGGUCUACCAACUAACCUUGAAAAUCACUUGUACUGUUGUGCAUACAUAGGACAAGACAAUUUCUUUGCUUUCUCACUCUUUCCUCACUCUUUCCUCGAAUUGUAAGACGUUCUUCCAGCCCAAACACAGUACAAGUAUAUGCCUUUAUUUAUGACAGAGUUAAGGAAUUUUAACACUCACCUCAUUAUUUCCUUUGCAUUCCUCAAAAUAAGCAAUACUAAUUCAUAACAAAAGAGAGAGAGAUGGAUGUGUCUGCAGGCCUUUCACUAGUACAAACUGUCCUCGAAUUGUUGGGUUCUCCCAUUUGGACACAGAUUCAAUCUUUGUUGGGUGUGGAGUACUCACAGCUUGACAAACUCAAGGCCACCAUGUCCACUAUUGAGGCUGUGCUCCUUGAUGCUGAAGAUCAAGAGCAGUUGCAUCAAUAUCGUCGUAGCCAUGUUGAACUGGAUAGGCUUCAGAGGCUUAAGGAAGCUCUUUAUAUAGCUGAUGACUUGUUCGACAAGAUUGCCACUCUUGCUCAACGCAAAACCCUCAUAAUGCGCUUUAAUAACAAGCUGUUUAAUGAGGUAUGCCUUUUCUUCUCUUCCUCUAAUAAGCUUCGUUCUGCUUUCACUUGGUCUCGUGAGAUGGAGAACAUUAGGGAGAUGUUGAAUGAUAUUGUGAAAGAUCAUCGCUAUGACUUUGGCUCCAGACACCCCAUUAGUCUGGCUGCGAAACAGCUGAGAAUCAAAGCAAGGGAAACUCAUUCCUUUGUUUGCGAGGAAGAUAUGAUCAUUGGGAGGGAUAAUGACAAGCGGAAAGUGAUAGAUAUGGUACUAAACACUUCUUCUGAGGAGAAGGAUAUUUCUGUUGUCAGCAUAGUGGGGAUUGGGGGGCUGGGAAAAACAACUCUAGCCCGACUUGUUUAUAAUGAUGAGAAGAUAGGUAGUAAAUUCUCUCUGAAAAUGUGGGUUUGUGUCUCUGAUAGUUUCAAUGUCAAAGAUCUUGUUGCUGAAAUCCUUGCAGCCGUAAACCCUAGAAGAAAGCACGAUGGCCUGAGUAUGAGUAUGGACCAGCUUCAGAUGAAACUUCGGGACGAACUGGAUGGGAAGAUAUACCUCCUUGUUUUGGAUGAUGUAUGGACUGAAGAUCCCAUUAAAUGGCAUGAGUUGAGAAAACUAUUGAUUGGAGGUAGAAACGGUAGCAGAAUUCUGGUGACUACUCGCUCAAGUGGGGUGGCGAAAGUUGUUGGAAGCUAUCAUAUUCAUAAAUUGGAAGGACUCUCUAAUAAAGAGUCUUGGGAUUUGUUUGAGAGGAUGACACUUGAACCAGGACAACAUCAAAUGCAAGAGCACUUGGUUAAAAUUGGAAAAGAUAUUGUGAGAAAGUGUGCAAAUGUUCCACUUGCUAUAAGGGUGGUUGGAAGUCUUCUUCGAGGUCAGGGUGAAAGUAGGUGGCAAUAUUUGAAAAACACUGACUUGGCAAAUAUACCACAAGAUGAGAUCAAUGGUAUUUUACCUGUUUUGAAGAUUAGUUAUUAUUAUCUUCCGUUCCAUUUGAAGAGUUGCUUUAAGUAUUGUUCUGUAUUCCCCAAGGAUUACAAGAUUAUCAAGGAGGAUUUGAUCAGUCUCUGGAUGGCACAAGGCUUCAUCAUCUCAUCAAAUGAAGAGAGUUUCGAAAAUGCAGGUGAGGAAUAUUUCAAACAAUUACUCCAAAGGUGUUUCUUCCAAGAUGUAGAACGGGCCGAGGGUACUGAUGAAAUUCUAUCAUGCAAGAUGCAUGACUUGAUUCAUGACCUUGCUAGUGAAGUAGCAGGAACAGAAAUCGUGUCGUCCAAGUAUAAUAUAAGGGGGUUUAGCGAGAAAACUCGCCAUAUAUUUAUUGAUAGAGAUGCCGUUGAAGAUAUUUAUCGUCAUUUCACCAAUAUGAAAAGGAUGCGUUCAAUUUUUAGAAUAGAUGCGCUUUCUUCUAAUUCAACAAAUUUGUUAUCAAAAGUGGAAUAUUUAAGGGUCUUAAGCUUGAAUAACUCUGGUUUGGAAAUGUUGCCGAGUGAGAUAGGUAACUUGUUGCAUCUAAGAUAUCUUGACCUAUCAGAUAAUUACCGUCUCUCUAAGUUGCCUACCUCCAUUACCAAGCUUUACAACUUGCAAAUAUUGAAGUUACGUGAGUGUCGUGGUCUAAAAACUUUGCCAAGCGAUUUGAGGAAAUUAGUUAAUCUAAGGCACCUAGAUAUACAAGGCUGUAAGAGUUUGUCGCAUAUGCCUCGGGGGAUGAAUAGCAUGACAUCUCUGCAUAAACUGACAGGGUUUGUAGUGAGCAGAACAAGAAAUAGCUGGAAUCGGGGGUCAAACGGUGUUGGUGAGCUGGGAGAUUUGAAAAAUUUCAGCAAUCAUAGCCACUAUAUGGUAAUUUAUGUCAAAAAAGACGCAGUUGAUGCUAGGGAAAGGGGGUUUCUAUUAAAAAGUCAACAUUUGCGGGAAAUUCGGUAUGUUUGGAAUCAUGAGAGUGAGGGGACUGAUGCAGAUGCAUUGCUGCAAGGAAAAAAUGCAGAUGUAGUGCUGCAAGGGCUGCAACCCCAUCCUAAUCUCCGAAUGCUGGAGUUGAGGGAUUAUCCAGGAAUUGGAUUCCCAAGCUGGGGGAGGUCAUCAAUGAAUCUCCAUACUUGUCUCCCAAAUCUUGUUAGCAUAACACUAUAUGGAUGUACAAGGUUGGAGCAUCUUCCAUUGAUGAGUCAACUGCGUCAUUUGAAAUUCCUUACAUUACGAUAUUUGAAUGAAGUGGUGUGUAUGGAGAAUAGUACUAUCAGCGCAGAAGGGGUUGCAUCAACAUCAGGAGGGUCAAAUCAUGGAGGAGCAGAUGUUGACUUGGUUUUCUUUCCAUCCCUUGAAAAGCUUGAGCUUUGGAGUAUGCCAAAGUUGGAAGGAUGGUGGAAAUCAGAAUCAGAUAUGGGUGAGACACGAGAAGUAGCAGGGUUUCAAUCACAUUCGUAUUCGUUCCAUCACCUUUCUCAUCUGUUAAUUACAUUUUGUGAUAAUUUGAGAAAUUUUCCUCUGUGUCCGAAACUGGAAGAAUCAAACUCCCAACUACAGGAAAUCAGAAAUCUGAAUCAUUCUUUUACCAAAGACGAAGUUGAGGCCCUCCAAUCCUUGCAAUUUGACCUUGAAACUAUAGAAAUUGCAACACAUAACUUUUCUGAUGAUAAUAAGAUCGGAGAAGGCGGAUUCGGCCCGGUUUAUAAGGGUAUACUUCCUGAUGGGCAAGAGAUAGCAGUUAAGAGGCUUUAUAGGAACUCGCGCCAAGGAGAUGCAGAGUUCAAAAAUGAAAUUUUGAUAUUAGCCAAGGUCCGGCACAAGAAUUUGGUGAAACUUCUGGGAUUUUGCUUGCAUGGAGAAGAAAGGAUUCUUAUCCUUGAGUUUGUUGCCAACAGAAGCCUUGACAACUUUAUAUUUGAUCCAUUGAGUCGUCAGUCUAUGCAAUGGGAAACUCGUUAUAAGAUUAUCAAUGGCAUAGCUAGAGGGAUUCUAUACCUCCAUGAAGGUUCCAGACUAAUGAUCAUACAUCGCAACCUAAAAGCAGGAAGUGUUCUACUUGAUGAAGAUUUUUGUCCCAAGAUUGCAGAUUUUGGUAUGGCAUGGCUAUUUAACAUAGAUCAAACUCAAACAGAGACUAGCACAAUCGCUGGAACCUUUGGAUAUAUGGCACCUGAGUACGCUGAGCAAAGUCAAGUAUCAGUAAAGUUAGACGUAUACAGCUUUGGUGUACUAGUCCUAGAGAUAGUAAGCGGGCAGAGGAUUACUUCAUUUUAUUACAGGGGAAAAAAAGAAAACCUCACGGCCUUUGCUUGGAGAAACUGGAAUGAAGGCACAGCUCGGAAUCUGGUAGAUCCUGUGUUACUAGCCGGCUCUAGUACCGAGAUACUGCGAUACAUCCAUAUCGGUUUGUUGUGUGUCCAAGAAAGCCCUGCAGACAGGCCAACUAUGUCUGAGGUUCAUGUUAUGUUGAGUACGAAUUCGGUCACCUUUGAAGCACCUUUGCAGCCUGCAUUUUAUACAGAUAGCCAAAGUCUACCCGAUAUGCUUCCGGAGUGGAGCACAACUAAUAGUCAAGUAUCAUAUGAUGAAUCAGAGCCGGAGUGGAGGUGAUAAAUCCAAGGAAAAUUUACGUCUUCCAUGGAAAUCCACAUUUUUCAAAACUAAUUUUCUUGGAAAAAGUGAUUUUUUUUUCCUUGGAUUUAUCAUUUGCCGAACAGGAGUAAUUCAGUAAAUGGUGUUUAUGUAACAGAGUUGCACCCUAGAUCAUGUAAUUUCCUAGAUUUCAAUUGGUGUAUACUGUAUAGGGGUUUGAUUGAUAUAAUUUCUUGGUCAUUUUGUGUAGCAAAGUGAUAAAUGUCAUAACUUGCGACAAAUUAUUUGUGUUGUAAA